GUCAUUCCAUUGAGCGUAGCCCCCCUCUGCUCCCUUUAAAAUAGUUUUAUCAGCCACGCCUUCCUCAUAAUUCCCACUCAGCUGUUACUGUACACGCUUUCAGUUUACACAUGCGUUUGUCCACAGAUCUGAGGGCUUGAGUCUGAUCGGCAGAUUCAGCAUGCCUCGGAUUGAACCACCUCGUGUGUCAGUUUUGGGCAACUUGUUGCGCAGCUGCUAUUUCCAGCCUCCUCUGUGGUCCAGUUCCUCCAUGAACAGGAGCGGGUUUGUGCUUCGUCGGGGAUAUUCUCUGUAAAACAAGACAGAUGGAUGAAGCAGUGUGACAGGAAGACAAGGCUUGAAUCAUUUGGGGGUGUUUUAACAAGUCCUACAGCCUGUGGUGAAUUUUGGAGUGUCUUUAAUAUGAUCUCAGAGACAGGGGAUGCGAGUCAUGAGCCGGACGCGUCCUUACCCCGGACUAGACUGGAGCCAGAGUCUCUUUUACCUCACUUUGCUCCUGUGGACCAGACGGAUGAGUGGACUGGCUGACUUUUCAAUGCCUUUUGGUGUGACAGACUACCUGUCCAGGAUCAUCACCAGCCACUCUGCCCAGGCUUGUGACGGGCAGCCUCUGCGACUCCACUGUCCACGCCACUCCACCAUCUCCAUCCAGACGGCGUUUUACGGGAGCGGCGGGGCGCGGCCGUGCAGAGCAGACCCUCCGCACAGAGCCCACAACCACAGCUGCUCUGCUUUUACUGCUCUACAGAAGCUGCUGUCAGAGUGUCAAAGCCAUAGAGACUGUCAGCUGCCUGUCAACCACCUGCUGUUCGGGAAGGACCCCUGCCCUGGCACAACCAAAUACCUCCAUGUGGACUACAAGUGUAAACCGACUGAACACAAAAGACAUGUGGUGUGUGAGGGAGAGACCAUGGUCCUGCGCUGUAAGACCCCCAAGGUUCUGAUCAUCUAUGCAGCUGUCUAUGGGAGAAGUCUGGGUCAGACCGACACCUGCCCCUCACACCGGACAAGACCACCCCCAUUUGAGUGCCUGAACCACGAGGCUGUACACUUGGUGUCCAAGUCCUGCUACAGCAAACAGAAGUGUACUGUUGCUGUCAGCAACCAGACCUUUAGGGACCCCUGCUUUCCAGGAACCAGGAAGUAUCUCAGCGUGGUCUAUUCUUGCGUGCCACAGACUUUACUGAGGGAGGCAGACCCCCACAUAUUCACCUCCACCACAUCACCUGCUGCAGACACAGAAAAAGCUCCUCCAGCAGAUCUGGAAGAGCCUCUCUUAAAAGGGUCAAGGAAGCCAGAAAAUUCAGGAGCUAUGAUGAGCAACUCUCUCCUGACAUACGCCUACAUCAAAGAGCAUCCAGAAAUGGCCGCGCUGCUCUUUACCUCCAGCGUGUGUAUCGGUCUCCUGCUCACGCUGCUGGCUGUGUCUGUCCGUGUGACCUGCAGAAGGAGCAGGCUCACAGAUUACAGACUCACAGCCAAGUCUAGUAACAAGACUGCAAACUGUCAGAAGGAGGAUGAUGAGGAUGAUGAUGAGGACAUAGAUGAUGAUGAUGAUGAUGAUGAUGAUGAUGAUGAUGAUGAUGAUGAUGAUGUUGAAGAGGGGACAGAAAGCUCUUUGAUCUCAGUGGCAGAGAGGAAGGCGAUAGAAGACUGGGAGGAAGUGACAUAUGUGAGCGAGGCAGCUGAUCGUGCAGAGAGGAUUGAGCGCAGAGAGAUGAUCAUACAGGAGAUAUGGAUGAAUUCAUAUCUGAACGACAGCUCCUGUUAACCAUCUGUGACCCAUGGACGCUUUUCAGCACCUUCAGGAUUUAUUCAGGAUUUUGCAGCAGCAACAAAACCUCGGACUAAAAACUUUUUGAUACUGUAAAGCAGUUUGUUAUGUGUUUUUGCCAUGUCUACAGGGGCGUGCAGUUAUUAUGUAAUGUUUGGGUAAAACUGAAAUGCCAGCCAUUAUUUAGGGUCAACAGGGUUUACAGCUAUAAAAUGGGUUUCCAUAUAAAUUGUGUAAUUGUUUAAGAGAUAUAUGUAUUUGCAUUGACCAACAAAUAAGCUCAGAUUUUAAGUUGAAAAAGCAUUAAAUUAAUGGUUUCAAAUGAA